AUGAGCGGCGUGUGGCUGAACUCGAGCAUCUCGACCAACCUGCAGCAGUCGCAGGCAAAGAAGAAGGACCUGCAGACCAAGAUACAAGACGCUGAGACGCUGCUGAAAGAGCUCAAGUCUGCGCGUUCAUCCAAGCAGCGCCGUGCGACAAACAGCAAGGCGACGACACCGAGAAACGGCCAAGAGCAGCCUGCUAUCCAGCAAACCACCGAACAGGUUCCGCCGUCAGUUCCUCGCAAUCGAGUGCUCAGAGCGAAUGAGUCUACCGAUGCAUUUCCGCCUUUGAACUUGCCGCUAGCUCCUAGACCUGUUCCUUCGAAUACGUACAAGAGCCUUCGAUUGGUUUACGCCCUAAAGAAGGAAACUCCUGGUGAUGGAGACAAGUCUAGCGAACUUCAAGAGUGA